CAAACAUGUGCAUACCGAAUCCUGAUUUCCAUAAACGACGAUGCAAGCCUUCAUUCUUCUAACCCUUUUUGCACUUUUCGCUUGUGCAUAUAGUGCCAGUUAUGGCGGUGGCUAUGGUGGUAGGCGUAGUGGUGGAUAUGGCAGCGGAUAUGGCGGUCACAGUGGUGGUGGAUAUGGAGGAAGCAGCUAUGGAAUAGGUCGUGGUGGUGGAUCUGGUGGAAACAGCUAUGGAGGUUCCAGUUAUGGAGCUGGUAAAGGAUACGGAGGUUCCAGUUAUGGAACUGGUAAAGGAUACGGAGGUUCCAGUUAUGGAGCUGGAUAUGGAGGUUCCAGUUAUGGAGCUGGUAAAGGAUACGGAGGUUCAAGUUAUGGAGCUGGUAAAGCAUACGGAGGUUCCAGUUAUGGAGCUGGUAAAGGAUACGGAGGUUCAAGUUAUGGAGCUGGUAAAGGAUACGGAGGAGGAUAUGGUGGUGGUCGUGGUUCAUCUUAUGGCAGUGGAUAUGGCGGUGGUCAUGGUUCUAGUUAUGGAGGUCUUAAAGGGUACGGAGGAGGAUAUGGUGGCGGGAGAUGAUAUGGAGUGAAGCAGUACAUUCGUCAUAAAGGAUGAGAAAAGAGUUGUACCUCUGCAGCUGAAUCCACGACCUUUCAGUAAAAUAAAACCAUGUGUGCCAUU